AUGGCCGAGGACGAUAAGACUACAUCGUCUUGGUACCGAGUGCCGACCUGGGACGGAUGCCCUACAACGUGGCGUGCCUUUGAGAAGGAGAUGCAAUGGUGGAUGUGUUCGCUGGACGUGGAGGCCACCAAGAAGUUCAACCUGGCGGCCCGUUGGCUUUUGAGGCAAUCGGGAGUGGUGAGACAGAGGGGAGAGGAAUUCUCUCCGAAAGAGCUUGAAUAUCAGCCGGCGGUCAAGACUACGGAUCCAGAUGGCGUGGAGAUUGUGGUCACGCCUGAAGAUCCCUUCGCAGGCCUGACAAAGCUCAUGAAGGCCCUUGAGAGCAUCAAUGGCAAGUCCGCUUUGGACCGCAAGGGCGAGCUGAGGAACCAGUUUUACUUGAAUCUCCACCGGAAGCCGGGAGAGCGACCAGCCGACUUCAUGAGCAGGUUCCGCUCCUUGACCGCAGAGCUGCGAGCUGAGGGGAUAAACCUUCCUUCAGGAGAGCUGGGUUGGUUUUUGCGUGAGAAGCUUGGCCUGGACCCUUUGAGGAAGCAGUUGCUUGAGACAGCCCUCCAGGGGAAGGAAGCAUACGAGGAAGUAGAGGCCGAAGCCCUUCGCUUGUUCAAGGACCUGGCUGUGAGCGACCCGUUGGUGAGGCGGCUGGGCUUGGAGCAAAAAGGGCGAGGCCGCGGACCUGGGAGCUUUCAUAGUUCGGGCUCUUCUUUUGGCACCAGGUCUUGGGCUUCUUCGGCGUCGGGGCCGCGGGCAUCUUCCUCGGCGGCGUCUUCUACCUUUUCGCAUGGUGGCAAAGGGCCUGGCCGCGAUCGAGCUGGGAUGUUUACGAGACGAUCGCCCCCGACUGGGCGACCCCGCCAGACCUAUGUGGCCGAGUAUGACGACGAGGCCUUGGAGGAUAUUGGGGGCGAGGACGAGGAGCUCGUUGCUGACGAAGGCGAGGGCCCAAAUCUCGAUGAGGUGCUUGAGUCCGAGGCCCAAGCCCUGGCGGCCGAGCUAGAGGCGGCUGAGCAAGAGGGAAUCGACCCAACGACCUUGGAGGAAAUCGAAGGGUCAGUGGAAACAGCCGCCGAGGCCCUUAUCACUAUGAGGGACGCCAAGACGAAGCUCCAAGAAGUUCGGCGAGACCGUGGCUUUGGAAAGGCCGGUGCGACUGGACCGCCGGCCGGCAAAGGUGGCAGCCCAGCCUUCAAGAAGAAGGGCGUUUGCCACGACUGCGGCCUCCCGGGGCACUGGGCCGGUGACGCGGCUUGCGCGGACGAGGAGCUGACGAUGGCAGCCGAGACCGUGGCUGAAGAAGGUGAGCAAGUGCACGAGGCCUCUGUAGUGACGAACCUGAAGGAGGCCCUAGAGACGAGCGAGAUGCAUGAAGCCCUGGCCGGGAUGAUGGCGAAGGACAAAAAGAACGUCGGUGCGCUUGACUCGGCUUGCAAUAGGACCGUCUGUGGCAGAGCUUGGCUUGAUUGCUAUUUGUCAGCUUUGCGCCGAGCCCGUUCCUGGAAGGUGCUCUCGGACCUGGUGGCCACCGAAGUCGAGAAGGAGACCUUCAAGUUCGGGAACGACGGGACGAAGGCCAGUCGUGAAAGGCAUCGCCUCCCAAUGGUUGUCGGUGGUUCCUUGAUACUUGUGUGGGCCAGUGUUGUGGAGGUGGAUGGUUUGGGGCUUCUUCUCGGGCGCGACUUCCUGGAGGCCAUCGGAGGUGUGAUCAGUUUUACUCGCAGGGCUCUUCGCGCAGACUACUUGGAUGCCAAGCGCAUCCCCCUAAAGCAGCUCACGGCAGGCCACUUCUUCCUCGACGUCUUCCCUGGUGGCAAGGUCGAGCUCGACAAGAAGGGGUGGACCAGACAAGGCCAGGACGGGGUGAUUGAAGUGCAAGUUCGUUCUGGAGAGUGGCAAGUGCGCAAGGCAGCUGCUCUGAAGCCUGGCAUGUCGCAUGUGAGUGUGCACGAGCAGCUGGCAUCGGAAGCGAUAUCACAUGCUGUUGCCGGUGACCUCUCGAGCAACAAGCCGGUGCCCCCGAUGCCAUCGAGAUCCCCAGUGCUAGACCGAAAUCGAUGGCAUUUCGGUGGUGUGCAGCUCUGGCUGCUGCAGCGGCCGGGGUUGCGCUACGUGCCGCUACCGUACAGCAGUGUCAAGAGUUCGGAAGAGUGGCGACAGCAAGCAGAAAACAUGGUGAAGAGCCGGGCCCUCCCAAGGCGACACUUUCGCAAGGCGGUGAUGGCGGACAAGUUUUCGGACCUGGGCCUCCUGAAGGAUGGCAUGUACCUCCGCGACCGCCUUGGCAUCAAGCUGUCCUUCCUGGAGGACCCGCUCCUCGAAGGGGUGCUUGUGACAAGGGCCGUGAAAGGAGCAAAGGCAGCUGUUCAAGGGCAACUGGUGGCGAAGCUCAAGGAGGAGGCAGCGACCAAGCGGCGAGCAGGCGAAGACCUUCGUGCAGCAAGGUCUCUGUUGGGACCAAAAGGGGGGCUGCCGACCUUGAAGCAGGACCUCAUUCGAUUGGCGACCUUGCUCAACGUGCCCAUCCAGGGCACCGACACCGUGGACAAGUUAAAGGAGAAGCUGAAGCCCAUGGUGGAGACGCUGAAGGGGAUGCCCAAAACCGACCCGACCGAAGGCGAUCGAGGCCAACCUUCGGGCUCAAGGGCAGCACCUCCAGUACUACCACAACGUGCCUUGGAGCCCCAUCUUCCUAUGACUGCCGGCCCAAUGCCUGUGGAACAGCCCUCGGCCCCAGACAUCCUGCAACAGGUCCAGGGUAUGCUGGACGCCCGGGACCAACGAUUGGAGGCCAUGCUGACGCAAGCCAUGGGUCACAUGAUGCAGUUGGCGACCCCGGCCGUGACGAUGACUGGGGACGGUGGCCUCUCUCCGGACAGCGACAUGGGCUUUCAGCAAGUGCACCAAACCGAGGAGGAGGCGUGGCACAAGUGCAAGUAUGACCGCAAGCUUGUCAAGGUGAGCCCCCAGCAGCUCAACGAGGCUUUUGCCGUGACCGACGCCCAGGACUAUGACAAUGCACUUUGCGAGCCUUUUCUGGGCAUCCCGCGCUUCGGGGCGACUUCGGCCAUGCCUCGGGGACUGCUGCCGGCGAUUGGGCGAGAAGCCGCCCUCCGUGGACAUGCUUGUUCGGCUGGUGCCGGCGACCGCCCCUACUUCCUGCUGCUUUCUGUGCCGAGGCGGUCUCCCCUGCUCAACUUCGCGCCGCCAGCGACCAGACACGCCAAUCAACAAAAACAUUUGGAAGCCGAGGCGGGCAUCAUGGCGCGAGCUUUGGCUCAUUGGCGGUCCGGUCGGCAGUUUCUUCUUCAACUUCCGUGUCGCGCUUCUCCGCUCCGAACCCUGCCUGGCCAGGAGCUGAUGGACGAGCCGGGUGUGUUGGAAUUCGUCAAGGACGGCCACCGCUAUGUGACUUCGAGCUUGGCUGUGGCGACGGCUUUCGGAGCAGCUUCGGCCGAGGGGUUGACGAAUGCCGUUCUAAAGGCGAUCGAGAAGCAGUUUGACGAGGACCUCGGCCCCGAGAAAGUGACGGAGGCCAUGGCGGCAGAGACGGAGGAGGAUGAUUACCUGUCUGUGGCCCCCGACGGCUCAGAGUUUGGGUUGGAGACCGGCGGCCCGGACGAGGACAGAGAGCAAGCCAAGGAAGUGCCAGUGUCGGCGGCGGUGCGGCAGGCUGUUAGAAGGCUGCACGAGAACACGGGCCAUAGGAGCCCCCAACGAUUGGCCAGAGCGCUUCUCAUUGCAGGCGUUCCUGCCGAGGCCGUGAUAGCAGCUAAGCAGCUGAAGUGUGCCGUGUGUGAAGAGAGACGGCCCCCGAAAGCGAGGCGACCGGCCUCCUUACCGGGACCCAGGGAGCCUGGAGAUCAGAUUGCCCUGGAUAUUUUCGAUGUCUUUGAUGCUGUGGGCACCCGCUUCGCAGUGCUCCAUGCCGUGGACGCCGUCACGAAGUUUCAGAUGGCAACCCUUGUGGAGCAAAAGUCGACGUCUGAAGUGGUGAAGUUCUUGAAGGAGCGCUGGGCACCCGUGUUUGGUAUGCCACGAGUUCUGGUAAGUGACCAGGGCAGAGAGUUUAUCAGCAUCGAGCUGGAGGCUUUUGCUGAGGAGAGUGGCAUCUUCCUGUACCACAUUGGGGUGCAAGCGCCGUGGCAAAACGGACUGUGUGAGAGGACCGGGGGGAUACUGAAGUCGUUGCUCAGUGCUUGCACCGCGGCCAAGUCCUUGAUGGGCAAGGAAGAGAUAAGCUUGGGCCUGGGGGAAUCCGUUACCGCGUACAACAUGGAUGUGGGUGACAGUGGGUUCUCUCCGAUGCAAGCGGCCGUGGGCCGACAACCUCUGCUACCAGGAGACGCCUUGAGGAAUAACCUUGCUGAGAACGACUCCCUCGAGCAGCCCAAGUUCGCCCGUCUUGUUUCCAUCCGAGAGACCGCUCGCAUGGCGAUGUUGAGGUUGCAUUUUAGUCGUUCCUUGCGCCGGGCGGAACAGGCCAGGUCACGAAAUCCCACCAUCGCCGCAGCGCCUGUGGUGGGAGACUUGGUCUACUACUGGCGCGAGCAGAAGUACAACAAGCGAGGCAGCCACAAUCAACGUCGGCUGCUUCUUCGCAAGUGGCAUGGCCCUGCUCUUUUGGUGGCCUUCGAGGGAGCGAACUGCUACGUGACCUCCCGGGGCACGCUCACGAAGGUGGCGCUGGAACACGUGAGACCGGCUUCGGCGAUGGAAAGGCUAUCCACAGGAGAAUGGGAGUCGGUUCUUCAAGAAGUGGCGGAGGCAGCCGAGCGAGACCAAGAGUGGGAGAUGGUGGGGCCUCGUUUGUCAGAAGCCGCCCCGGAGCACGGGGAAGAUGGCCCCGGACUCUCCGAACAACCUUCACUUCCAGUUCUUCAGCAGCAGAGCAAGCAGAGCCAGAGCAGUGCGACGCCAGUUUUUCUGAUGGCGCCGGACUUUCGGAACAACCUUCACUUUCAGAUGCGAGAGCAGAGGGGUCAAGAUUUGCCACCGGUGUCGGCCAACGAGUUCGUGAGGGCAGCGUCGGCAAGCAACCAGCCGCUUCCAGGAGCCGAGGCAGCCGGGGCAACUGGGACAAAGCGAGCCGCGGAAGUCGGCACCGAGGACCUGAGGGCCGACGAGCCUGGGGCAGGAGCCGAAGGGAUUCCUUUUGAUGCCUUGGUUCUGGAACGGGACCUCGUGUUGGCGGCUGCCCAGGCUGGCACAAAGGGAGUCCAUCCCUUGGUGCAGUUGCAAGCUCAGGCUGCGUUGGACCGAACUUCCGGAGAUAGCUUUGAAGCCCGGGACCAUGGGAGCUGGGACGGCCGAUGGCCACUUCCGAGUUGGUCUCAGUACGAAGCCUUCGUGAAGGCCGGGCUUCGCUGGCCAUCAAGCAAUGACGCCUAUGCCGUGCAGGCCGCUCGCAAAGAGUACUCUUGGAACCAGAUGAAUGAGGAGCAGCGCAAGGCCUUCACCGAGGCGGCAAAGGAAGCUUGGGAUGUUUGGGUUCGCAAUGACGCGGUCGAGGUCCUGUCGGACGAGGAAACAGCCAAGGUUUUGGCUACUUUGCGGCAGCGAGGAGAAAUGCACAAGGUGAUGACACCUCGCUUCGUCUUCACGGACAAGAACAACGGCCUCAGGACUGAGACCAACAAGUUGGGCAUACGUGCUUCGGCCAGAUUGGUGGUCCCAGGAUACAAGGACCUCACGGCCCUGGAGCUCAGAAAGGACGCGCCAACGGCCAGCCGGACUUCCCAGCACCUUUUGUUCACUUUGGCGGCCAGCAACUUCAAGAAGGGUUGGCGCAUGGGCUCCGCUGACGUCAAGAGCGCUUUCCUUAAGGGCGAGAGGUACAUGGAUGGUGUGCGCGAGCUCUACUUGCAGAACGUGGAGUCGAGAGGAGGAAGCCCAACCUUGCCCGUGGGAAGGCGCUUGAGCAGGAUCGUAAAAGGGGUCUUCGGCCUCAGUGACGCUCCUCGCGAGUGGUUCUUGCGCUUGCGGAAGAGCCUCAACAAGGAGACCUGGGUGGCAUCAACUAUGGACGCAGCCACCUUCUUCCUUUGGUCCAAGGGGCCCGAACCUCACCUCGAAGGUGUCCUCUGCUGCCAUGUGGACGACUUGUUGUUCUCUGGGAGCAGCUUAGCGUGGGCCUCCAUCGAGCGGCUGGGAUCCGAGUUGGGUUUCGGCUCCAUCGAGAAGGGUUCCUUUGUGUACUGCGGCAAGCGCGUGGACCAGGAUCCGGUCUCAGGUGUGGUCGGCCUUUCGAUGAAGGCUUAUCACGAGAACUUGGCGCCAAUUCGUGUGGCGAGUGGGCGCCGCCGAGACAUGGAGGCGGCCCUCACCCCGGGUGAGAUGAAGCAACUUCGUGCGUUGGUUGGUUCGCUCCAGUGGCUGGUGGCCCAAGUUAGAGUGGACAUGAGCUUCCAGCUCUCUGUGCUUCAAGCCGAGACGGCUACCGUUGGAACCCUGUUGCGGGCCAACAACCUUGUGAAGGAGUUCAAGGGGACCAGUGAGUUUGUCUUGAAGUUCCACCCCUUGAACCUCGAAGGCGUCGGCAUUGUGGUGGUCUCGGACGCGAGCCUGGGGAACGUCAACCGGGAUGGUGGUGAAGGCGACCAGCCCAUGAAGCGGAUCUUUUCCCAGGCCUGCUACAGUGUCUUGCUAGCCGAGCGGAGUUUGCUAAGCGGCGGCACAGGACGUUUUACGUUACUUGACCACAGAAGCCACCGCCUACAGCGUGUUUGCAGGUCCACCUUUGCGGCUGAGCUAAUGGGCAUCGAGGAGGCCUUCGAUGUUGGGCAAUACUGUCGCGGCCAUUGGGCUGAAGUGCUUGGAUACGACCUCGGGCACCGUGGUGUGGACUGCAUCCUGAACCUCGUGGGCCUCGUUGCGGUGACCGACGCCAAGGACUGCUACGACAAAGGGAACUCAGACACCCCUUCCUACGGAAGCCAGCAAAGUUUGGCGUUCUCGGUGGGAUGGCUCAGGAACAUGUUGGGUCGUCCGAACACUGCCUUACGUUGGACGGCGACUGAAAACAUGUUCGUCGACUGCGGAACAAAGCAAAUGGACCCCCAGCACUUCCGACGAACUCUGGAGGCUGGCGAGUGGAGUUACAAGUACGACGUGCGCUUUGUGAAGCAGACGAUCAAGCCGAAGGUCAAGGCACUACCUGGGCCGGAUGUGCUGAGUGGAGAGCCGGUUGCGUAUCAUGACCCGAUACUGCCGUUCUUGCAAGGGCUAGCUCCAAAACGGGGCUGGCACAAGAAGGAUGAUCUGGCCAUUCAUGUGGCCCACGGGGCCAAGAGCUUCAGAAGGCCAGAACCUCGCUUUGAGGCAUCCAGUUUUCCUCUUCGGACAAGCUUUGCUCUUUUUCAUGAUGCGUCCGGGAGAGGAUUGUGGCGAGUCCUGGAAAAGGAUACUCGGUAUGGUCGCAAGAUGGCGGCCUUAGAUCGUGAAGCUUCGGUGCUGAUCACGGUCUUCAAAGCCCAAAAAGAAAGUAAGACCCCUGAGGAAGCAGAUUGCUAG